UACGUCGCCGUUGGCUCAGCUUCUCCUUCGGCGUUCGGACGCACUAGGUUGUCAGGAGAAUAGUAGAGGUGGCGGGUUACUCUGCCUGUAUGGACGCCGCCAUUUUGCUACAGGUGGCGCGCUCCCGCUCGUCCUCAUCGACCGUGUGGCUAGCUGGGAUCAUUACUUCGCUCGUCCGCAAGACACUUCUGAAGCUAAGCAACCGGUGCGAGGCAUCGAGGCCUCCGAAUUCAAGGGCCUUGACUGAAGGCAUCGGCCGGCCACCCAAAAACGAAGCCAUUGGCCACGAGGGGCUCCAUUUGGAAUUUCUGCACCGGGUCUCUCGAGAACGUAGCUACGCUUCUGUUGUUUUACAAAUCACCCUUUCUAUGCACUUUUCAGCUCUGUUGGCUCUAGUAUAUGUACAGCUUUAUGUACAUACUCAGCGUAAUAAGAUGCUAGCAAACGGCAAGAAAGAUAAUUAUUAUGAUAUCUCAAAAUCCUAUCGUAAACUGCAUAUCUAUACUCCAUUGGCCGCGCACAUUCCGUGGUUCUCGUCGGUAGUCACUGUUCGUGUACAACGUGUAGCGUUUUUCGUGGUAAAACUGGGGAUGGCGCACCAUAAGAUGCCAGCAUACGGAUCUGGUGAGAACUUCACGGAUGCCUUGUGCACUUCCGAUGGGAGUCAAGUAAAAAGAACAAACAACCUUCAGUUACAGGAGCCUAAGAAAGAAAGACGGCAGACAUCCCCGCCCGCUGCAAGUGCACCACGACGAAAACUGGUAAAGCGAGUCGUUUGA